AUGACCACCACAGCGGACUUAGAGGACCGUGUCAUUGAUGACAUUGGUCCCAUGGCAUUUUCUGACAAGUACUGUCCCAAUGCUCAACAAACGUUUCGAAUCUGUUUAAAUUUAAAGAAACUCAUUGAUCGGGUGAUAGCAGUGGAGUACAAAGAGGAAGAAAUUACCUCGCUGAACUCGCCCGUUAUUAACGAUAAAGUUUUGAAAUUGGCAUACAAGGCUGCUGGUGGAAAAGGGAAUGGUAAACCAGGAACUAGCUCCAUAAAAUAUCAGGCUAGUUUGGUAUUUUGUUUGCUUCGCGUGUGCGACUGGUACUGGCAGCAAGCUGAAUAUGAGCUCACCGACAAUUAUUUGUACACUUUGCGAGCCAUUGCUGCUCAGAAACUUGCUGUUAUGAUCAUAGAUGGAACCAGGAACGAUGAGGUUUUGUUUUUGGGCAUGCUUUGUCACCGUUAUACCAUUGCUUUGAAUGGGGUUGAUGCGCACCCAGUUUCUGCUUUGGAGCUUGCGGUCGAUAUGCAUUCGACUAUUGUCAUGGGUUCUUCAGGCUACCAGCGUUGUAUCCGCUGGCUCUGGAGAGGGUGGAUCAUCCAAAGCAGCAUUGACCCUCACUCGUAUGUUUUGUACAAGGGAGUCAAUUCUUUGUCGAUUCGCAGCCAUUUUGACCCGGCGAGAGUGAGAACUCCUUUAUACCAAAAUAUUCUCGAGGUGGGCUUCAGUUUCAUCUACUUGCUUCUUUACACCAUCAUCUUGAACACAAACCAACAAGAAACAAAACCAUUGGACCCAUUUGAGGUAUUCUUUUAUCUCUUCACCGUUGGUCUGAUUUUGGACGAGGUGAUCAAAUUGUACCAUAUUGGGUUCAAUUAUAUUCGAUUUUGGAACGUUUUCAACGAUCUGAUGUAUGCUAUCAUUCUGGUGGCUAUUGGGUUCAGGCUCCUCAGUCUCAACAAUACCGGCCAUUUACGUGACCGUUACGACGAAAUGUCGUUCAGGAUCUUAUCUUGUGCUGCUCCGUUUAUGUGGUCGCGGCUUUUGUUAUUUUUGGACGCUCAAAAGUUUGUGGGUGCCAUGAUCGUGGUGCUCAAGGUGAUGAUGAAGGAAUCACUCAUCUUCUUCGUUAUGCUUGGAGUGGUAAUUUUGGGAUUUUUGCAGGGAUUCUUGGGGCUCGAUGCCUCGGACGGUAAGAGUGAGGCUACACGGCGGAUUCUUAUUUCGUUGGUCAAAUCGGUGAUAGGCGAAGCCAGUUUCGACGAUGUGGCUCCUCUAGUCCCACCGUAUGCUCUGAUCAUGUAUUACAUCUACUCGUUUCUUCUCACGGUGAUUUUGAUGAACAUUCUUAUUGCAUUAUAUUCCACCAGUUAUGCUUCGAUUGUGGAAAAUUCCACCAGCGAAUACUUUGGUUUGGUGGCCCAGAAGACUCUCAAGUACAUUCGGGCUCCCGAUGAGGACUUGUUCGUGCCUCCGCUCAACUUGAUCGAGGUAUUACUUUUACCGUUUUCGUUUGUGAUGAGCUACAAUAGCUACAAGGCUCUCAACUACUAUGUGAUGUUGGUGAUCUAUCUGCCAUUGCUCUGUUAUAUCACCAGUGUGGAGAUAUCCAAUGCCAAGAGGAUCCAGUACAAUCGCUACAAGGGGCUUCCUGACGAUGCCAACGAAUACGACGCCGACUGGGAUUUGACCGAUGGAUUUGACGACGACGUCAGCACCAAUUGGGCAGGAAUGAGAGAGCAGGACGACGGGACGAGGCGCCGGCUUCAAGAACAGCACGCGGGCGAGCAGCAGGAUCCGGAAUUUGCCAUAAAUCAGCACGAAUUUGAAGAUGAUAUCGAGUGUGCAGUGCAGCCAGUGGAACGAGCCAAAGAUGCUGGGGUCAAAUGGGAAUUGUUUGUCUUGUACGCCAAGGUAGAUGAACUCACCAAGAUGGUGAACGAGUUGGUGCAGGAGAAGAGAGAGAAAUAG